AUGGCAAACCCCGCCACCACCACCACCAAUGGUCACCGCCAGGCUGGCGCACCAGCCGGCGGCGAAGUGAGGCUGCCCAUGGGCCACGACUCGAUCCCUGGCCACGAGCCCGUCGGCGUGGGUCGCGUAUACGAGCACGGCGUCUUCGGCGGCAGCUCCGCCACGCGAGGCUACGGCCGCCUCCCCACCGACCCGAACCCACCAUCGGGACCCACGCCGUCGAGGUCCCACUACUUCCUCUCCCGCGACGAGAUCCUCAAGGGCGUCGCCAACCGCUUCGUCCACUCGUCGGCCUACCUCUACUUCUACGCCUCCAUGGCCCUCGCUUCCCUACUCACCGUCGUCAUCUCGCUCCGCACAGAGUGCCCGGGGACCCUCUUCUACAGCCUCGAGCUCGUCAUCAACCUCCUCCUCAUCGCAGAGGUCGGCAUCCGCCUUGUCGCCUUCGGAAAGCAAUUCUGGAAGAGCACGUACAACAUCGUCGACCUCGGCCUGGUGCUGCUGUGUGUCAUCACUCUCGGCAUCAUCUUCUUCCACCACGAGUGUUCGCCCUUCCGCGGCGGCCAGGAGGGGGGGAGGUCGGGCAAGGGCGAGGAGCUCCUCGACAGCGUGCUCCUCAUCGGGCGAAACGUCGUCCAGGCGCUCAGGUUGGUCUCCAUCGUGCGGCGCAGCGGCUCCUCGGCGUCGUCGCGGCCAUCGAGGAUCGAAAUCGGGUCCCGUCCCUACUCGCUGGACCUGGAUCUGGAAGACGAGGGCGCCAUGGCAAGAGAUCGCAUCCGGGUCGCAGAAGAGGCGCCCCUGUUCGACGCCGACGACGACGAGCUGUAG